AAUAGAGAUUCUUUUCUUUGGAACGAUUGACAUGAGUUCCAACUAUUUGGAGGGUCAAUUACCACUCAUCUCCUCUAAUUUGAUGGCACUAGAUCUUUCAAAUAAUUAUUUUUCAGGAUCUAUUCACCACGUCUUCUGUGGUACAGAGAGAAACCAGUCAAUUUACUGUUUGCUCUUGUUCUUGGAGACAAUUAUCUAUCAGGAGGAAUUCCUGAUUGUUGGGGGCAUUGGCCAUUUUUGCAAACCAUAAGAUUGGAAAACAACAAUCUGAUGGGUAACAUUCCGCCCUCCAUUGGAAAUUUAAAUUUCCUUGCGGAAAUGCACCUGCGGCAUAACAACCUCUCAGGAGAACUACCACAAUCUCUACAACACUGUACAAACUUGUUGACCCUUGAUCUUGGUGAAAAUGAAUUUACUGGAAGCAUACCAAUUUGGAUUGGGAAUACAUUUUCGAAUUUGAUAGUUCUCAACCUUCGUGCAAAUAAGUUUCAAGGUGACAUUCCAUAUGAAUUAUGUCGUCUAGGUGCUCUCCAAAUCUUGGACCUUGCACAUAAUAAUCUCUCAGGACUUGUGCCAAGAUGUUUCAACAAUUUUAGUGCCAUGGCAAGAAAACAAAACUCAAGUAACCACUUAUCCUAUUACACAUAUAGGGGAGAAUAUUUCGAAAGUGCAACUUUGGUGACCAAAGGAAGAGAGGUUCUAUAUACCACCAAUCUUAAAUUGGUGACAAGCAUGGAUCUUUCAGAAAACAAUUUAUUUGGAGAAAUUCCCGAGGAACUAACUAGACUUGUGGGAUUGUGGUCACUGAAUUUGUCUAGAAAUCAUUUAACAGGAAGGAUUCCCAAGAAUAUUGGUGAUAUGGGACAACUUGAAUCUCUUGAUUGCUCUCUCAACCAACUUAGCGGAAAAAUUCCAUCAAGUACUCAGCUUCAAAGCUUAGAUGAAUCCAGCUUUAUUGGGAACAAACUUUGUGGACCUCCACUUACAAACUGCAGCACAAACACGGCAAUAGCUAAAGUUGGACAUGGAGGUGAAGAAGAUGAGGGACUUUCAGAAGUGUGGUUCUUUUCGAGCUUGGCACUAGGAUUUGUAGUUGGUUUUUGGGUUGUGGUGGGCCUUUUACUCUUCAAGAUGUCUUGGAGAGAUGCUUAUUUCAUGUUUCUAGAUCGUAUUGGGCACAAACUUAGCAAUUUUAUUUUUAAAUGUUGCUAUUUGCUUUGUAAAUGAUAGAAGUGCUCACUCAUUCGAUUGUAAGAUAAAAAUAAAUAAAAAAAUAAAAAGUGAAGUAGCAUGUGUUUUAUAGUUUUAUUUUA